AUGAGUGAUCAAAGAUUAGUUGAUUCAAGUGUCUCGAAGCUCAGUGGGAGAGUCUUGAUGGCCACCAUCAUUGCCUUGUUCAUCGUCCUCAUCCUUUUUUUCUUGCUUCAUAUCUACGCCAAGUGGUUAUGGCACCGCCGUCAACAAGGUAUAGAUGCCCACAGCAACGGCCGUCUCCAAGACCAGCACUCUGGCGUCACUUCCCUCCGGCGUGGCCUCGACGCCUCCUUCCUCAAAACUAUACCAGUCAUACAAUUCGAGGCAAAAGACUUCAAAGACAGUUUGGAAUGUUCAGUUUGUCUAUCUGAAGUCGAGGAAGGAGAAAAAGCCCGAAUUUUGCCUAAGUGCAAUCAUGCGUUUCAUGCGGAAUGCAUUGAUAUGUGGUUUCAUUCGCAUAUAACUUGCCCCAUCUGCAGAAACCCUGUUCAAGAACAAGCUGGAGUUUCGAUGGAGAGUUUACUGGAGAAUCAUCGAACACAAGAACAAUGGACAAACGGUGGGGAUUCACAUGGUGAUGAAACCGAAGUAAGCACUUUGACUUCUCAGCUGGAAGAAGCCAAUAAUCAGCAUCAAGUUCCAAUUUUACCUUUCGAGCCACCUUCAUCUUCAUCAUCAUCGUCAUCAUUGUCAUCGCAGACAAAUAAUGAUAGAGGAAAACCAGAUUUAGUAAUUGAUAUACCAAGGCUGGUGGUUAGUGAGGAUGAUGUUGAGAAAACUCCAGUGUUUUCUGGAAUGAGGUCAUUAAGGAGAAUUUUGAGCAGCAGUAGAAGGUUUAAUCCUUUUAGCCCUGGUGAUAACAAUGCUGAAGGAGGUCAAAGUUAA